UUCACGCUUUCUUUUAUUUUUUUAUUUUAGGCUUGCAUUGAUGAUAAUCUAGAAAUGGUUGAAUUUCUAAUCGAACAUGGCGCUGAUAUAAACAGACAAGAUAAUGAAGGCUGGACGCCGCUGCAUGCCACCGCCUCAUGCGGCUUCGUGAGCAUAGCCCGCUAUUUGGUGGAGCAUGGCGCCGAUCCGGCCGCUGUAAAUAGCGACGGUGACUUGGCCGUGGACUUGGCUGUCGAUAUACAACAUUUGGCGAUGAUGGAUUUCAUGCAAAAGGUGAUGACUGAACACAAUAUCGACUGCGAGAAGGCGCGACAGGCGGAGGAGCAGCUAAUGCUGAGCGAUGCCAAGAAAUGGUUGCGCAGCGAUGCGUCCGAAGUGGAUCGGCCGCAUCCGAAAACAGGUGCCACAGCGCUGCACGUAGCCGCAGCAAAGGGCUAUACAAAGGUUAUAAGUUUACUACUCGCCGGUCGUGCUAAUGUUGAUAAACAGGACAAUGACGGCUGGACGCCGUUGCAUGCUGCAUCACAUUGGGGCCAAAAGGAGGCCGCCGAUAUGCUGGUCAAUGCCAUGGCCGAUAUGGAUAUACGCAAUUAUGCCGGUCAGACGUGCAUCGAUGUGGCCGAUCGUAAAAUGGCGAAAUUCUUGGAGGAAUUGCGUAGCACCAGCAACAAACGUGUCAAACGUCGUCCUUCUAGUCAAAUCAGAAUCUCAGAUAAAAUUGAAAAUCACAUUGAUAAUACGCCAACGAAAAUCAUACGAGUGGAAGUGAAAUCGGAUCAGUCAAAGGAUCAAGCGAAUGGUUCACACGGCCGUUAAGAAACUUCUUUCUUUGUGCACCAACUUAAUUGCCUUUAGUUUAAUUUUUAUACAUACAAUUAAUAAAUAAGUUCAACUGCCACACACUUGAGUUGUACACUCGCACUGCCAUUUUACCGUAUACAAAUAUUUCUUAUUUUUUGUUUUCACAAUUUAACUUUGCAUUCGUUGGCAUUUUCUACACGAAAACUUUAAACUUUUACGAGUAAAUCCAACUUAUUUACAUACAUAUGUACAUUUUGUAUUGCAUUAUUCCCAAUUGUACAUGAAUGACUGUGAAUUCUUUGGCUGCCAUUUCCGUUAUUACCGCCCGGCUCAUCGUGUCCAUUGUGUGCCGUCCAAAAUGCG